GUCUUAUCACAUUGGAAUGGUGAUUCUCAUCACAAAACAAUAUAAAAUGAGCAUAAAUGGUAUGCUAAGUAAUAGCCGACUUCUUCGGCCGACCCCUUACACUGUAUAGCAAGUUUAAUGUAAGAAAGGUCAAUAAGAGAAACACAGCCAUGAAUGCUUAUCAUAGCCUAAGAAGAUAAGAGUUCUUUUUUUUUUAUAUUUUCAAUACGAUAGGAACGGGUAUUUUUAUAGGAAAUAUAAACCAGUUUGUCAAGAAAUCCAACAUGGGAGGAAGGCUUUCAUCCGUAGAUCCCAUGGAAGUUCAAGUUCCUGAGCUUGAGAAGCUUUUGGAAAGGGAUCCUUACUUAAAGUCUCACGAAAAGGAAUUUAGAAAAAGAUAUGCUGUGAUGGAAGAUUGUGUGGAAAAAAUUAAAUCCGAGUGGGGAGGCCUAGAAGAUUUUUGCCAAGCGUAUAAAAAGUUCGGUAUCCAUGUCAAUACUGACAAUUCCGUCGAUUGUAUGGAGUGGGCGCCCGGUGCUUGUCAGUUGUACCUGUGUAGGCUUUUGAAUGACCGGGACAAAAUGUUGCAUCCAUUUGAGAAAAAGGAUUACGGGAUUUGGACAUUGCACUUAGACCCGAACAGCGAUGGAAGUUGUAAAAUACCUCAUUUGAGUGAAUUGAAGAUAUGUGUCCAGACGAAAACUGGAAAUUUAGAGAAUAGAUUAAGCCCUUGGGCAACGUAUGUUGUAAAACCUCCUAAAGAGGAAGGUCUCACGUAUAAACAUCUAUUUUGGAACCCUCCUGAAAAUAAAAAAUACAAAUUUAAAAAUACUCGGCCAAAGCCUUUGAGAUCUCUUAAGAUUUAUGAGUGCCACGUCGGAAUAGCUUCUCAGGAGGGUAGAGUGGGAACUUAUAAAGAGUUUGCUGAGAAUAUUGUACCGCGCAUUGUCAAAUUAGGGUACAAUGCAUUGCAAAUCAUGGCAAUUAUGGAACACGCUUAUUACGGAAGCUUCGGUUAUCAAGUUACAAGCUUUUUUGCCGCUUCAAGUCGUUAUGGAACUCCAGAAGAACUAAAAGAAUUGAUCGAUGUGUGUCACAAAGAAGGUUUGUUUGUGUUAUUGGAUGUUGUCCAUUCUCAUGCUUCGAAAAAUGCUUGGGAUGGACUGAAUCAGUUCGAUGGCACUGAAGCUUGCUAUUUCCAUGACGGACAGCGCGGCAUGCAUCCAUUUUGGGACAGCAGAUUAUUUGAUUAUUCACAGCCUGAAGUUUUGCGUUUUCUUAUAUCAAAUCUAUGUUGGUAUUACGAAGAGUAUGGUUUUGACGGUUUUCGUUUUGAUGGUGUCACUUCAAUGUUAUACCAUAAUCAUGGCAUGCAAGGCUUCUCUGGUGACUACAACGAAUAUUUUGGCCUCAAUGUUGAUACAGAUGCUUUAAACUAUCUUAUGGUAGCAAAUAAUAUCUUGCAUCUGCGAUACCCUGAUGUUAUUACUGUAGCAGAAGAUGUUUCUGGCAUGCCAGCCCUGUGCAGACCAGUCAAAGAAGCUGGUGUAGGAUUUGAUUAUAGACUCGGCAUGGCGAUUCCUGAUAAAUGGAUCCAGCUGUUAAAGACGACGAAAGACGAAGACUGGAACAUGGGAAAUAUCGUUCACACUUUGACCAACAGGAGGUGGAUGGAAAAAACAAUCGCUUACUGUGAAUCUCAUGAUCAAGCACUAGUAGGCGACAAGACAAUAGCAUUUUGGCUGAUGGAUAAAGAAAUGUAUACAGGGAUGUCGUUACUAUAUGGUAGUUCUAUAAUAAUAGAAAGGGGAAUUGCGCUUCAUAAAGUUAUUCGACUUCUUACUCAUAGUCUUGGUGGAGAAGCUUAUUUAAACUUCAUCGGUAAUGAAUUUGGGCAUCCAGAGUGGCUCGAUUUCCCAAGAGAAGGAAAUAACGAAUCAUACCAUUAUGCACGGCGACAAUGGAAUCUCGUUGAUGACUGCAGUUUGAGAUACAAACAACUCAAUGAUUUUGACGCAGCUAUGAACAAUUUAGAAUCCAAAUACAAUUGGCUAUCGUCUGGCCCAGGCUAUGUAACUUGGAAGCACGAAGAUGAUAAAAUAAUAGUCUUUGAAAGGGCAGGACUAGUGUUUGCUUUCAACCUGCAUCCAACGAAAAGUUUUCCUGACUACAGGGUCGGCGUUAAUGAGGAAGGCCAUUAUAAGAUCGUAUUGAGCAGUGAUGAUAAAGAAUUUGGCGGGCAUGAACGCCUUUUAAAAAAUAUUCUGUAUAUUACAGGAUCACAAGAGUUCGCUGGAAGGAAACAUUCUUUCCAGAUAUACAUUCCUUCAAGGGUGGCCAUCGUAUUCGCAAAAUCCUGAUCUAUUUCAAAACAGUCAGAAUUAAAAAAAA